UGUUCAACUCUCGACCAUAUAUAUCACUGGCCUUAUCUUUAACACAUUUAUCAUCGCAGCGUAUAGAAACUUCGAAGAACCCUAUUCAUCUUCAAGGACUAAUUUACACAAUCUGUAGGCCAAAAGCCAUGAAGGUUGAUAUUAAGGAGACAACCUUGGUGUGUCCGGUCCAAGAUGACACUCCUGGAGGGUCGCUCUGGUUGUCGGAGAUCGAUCUCUUUUACCCGAACAUGCACAACAAGAUCGUGCUAUUCUUCAAGGCUACCGCCGAUACCAAUUAUCCGAGCAGGGAUGAAAUGACUAGGAUUCUCAAGCAGUCUCUCGGGAAAGUACUCAUCUCGUUCUAUCCAGUGGCAGGAAGGCUCGGGAAAGACGAGAAGGGUCGGGUUCAGAUCGAAUGUAAUGCAGAAGGUGCGACUUUCGCGGUGGCUGAAGCUGAUUGCACUUUGGAUGAGAUGUUAGAUACUGGAGGGUCUGAUCCAAGCUCCAAGUUUAAGCUUCUAAUUGAUCCGGUGGAUUACUCCAUCGACACAUCUUCGUUCCCCUUACUUCUUUCUAAGGUGACGUAUUUUGAAUGUGGAGGAAUGUGUCUCGGAGUGGCAAUGCAUCAACGGCUCGCUGACGGUGUAUCCAUCGCACAUUUUGUCAAAUCGUGGGCCGAUACGGCUCGUGGUCAGUCCAUCGAUGACCCGAUACACGACCGCAGACUGAUCAGCGAUCGAGCCUUACCAUCUAUCAAGUUUGACCACCCAGAGUUCGACCCUAAUGCGAUGUUUGGCCACCGAAAACCUAACCAAACCCCUGUUGAUAUUUCAACAGUUUAUCUAAAAAUCUCCGUUGAACAGAUGAAUGCCUUGAAGGACAAGGCAAACGCAAACGCCAAUCGCAAGAAUUACAGCCUCUACCAAUCUCUUUCUGCCCACUUGUGGCGUUGCGCCUGCGAAGCACGUGGACUUUCAGACGACCAGAAAACAGUGUUUGUCUUCCCGGUGAAUAUUCGGCCAAGGCUACGACCUCCUCUGCCGCGGGAGCUUUUCUCCAAUGCCAUCUAUAUCACAUUAGCUUCGGCCGCAAAUUCCGGUGAGAUUGUCAAGGAGCCUCUCUCUUUCACGGCUGGUCGGAUCCGGAAGGCUAUAAAGGAGAUAGACGAUGAAUACGUAAGAUCAGGGAUCACUUACUUGCGCGAAAAGCAAGUGGCGGAUGGUGUAUCGGUGAGAUCAGCCUAUCAAAACCCUAAUAUAGGGUUCGUUAGCUGGACUCAUAUGCCGAUUCUAAUGGCAGAUUUUGGGUGGGGAUUGCCGAUUCUCUGGGGGCCGGCGAGCAUAAGGAGCGAAGGAUUGGCAUAUCUUCUGCCUGUUUCUUCGAGAGAAGAGGAUGGAUUGGCUCUCUAUAUGUGCUUGGAGACUCAACACAUUGAGCUCUUCAAGAAGCUUUUCUAUGAAAUCUGAGGAUGACGAAAUGUGUAUUGCAUAUUAAUUUGCCACUUGCAAAAUAAGAUUUUGUUUUGAAAAAAUUCGUAGGAAGUGUAAUUACUAGUGAUGAUUACAAAACGAGAAAUGAAUCUCUAUUCCACGGUGAUACGUUACAAAAUUAAUGUAUAGUCCAUAUAUAUGUA